CUGAGGGGCCGAGGGCAGAGAUGGCAGCUGCAGGGAACAACAGAGAUGGUGACCUGAAGGAGAAUUACUACACAGAUAGAGGAUCCUGGCUGUCAGCAUCCCGCCAGCCAUAGUACCGACAUGGGAAUCCCGAAAAGAACAGGAUCCCUGCAAUGAAAUUCCAACAGUCAGGAUCCCAGAGAACCAAAACACUACUGAGGAACGUUUAAGUACUUAGUAUUUUUUCUUCACCAUUAAAGUUUUCUAGUCCGUGUGAGUUAUUUAACAGAGAAUCUCCAUCUGGGGAGGAAGACCUGAGGGCAAAUUUACUAUGGAAAAAUCUAAAGCAGCUUCCGUAGAUCUUCUCACAGAUUAUCUUUCACAAAUGACACAUUUAUGUAGCAGCGGUGGAUUUCCUGAAGAGCUGAAGCACUGCCUGGAAAGAGCCUCAUUUCUAGCUCACGGGAUGAAGCAGUGCGCAGUGACAGCAGACAGCGGAGCACAUUGCAGCAACAGAGUGGGACCGAUAACGGAAUGGAACACUACAGUGAAUCAAGUACAUAAAAUGCUUGUACGCCUUACAAGGCCCAAAAAGAUUCUACAGCUGCCCAGUUCCUCCAGGGGCAACUUGAAUGCUCUGCGUGACAUCCUACCAGAAGAUGGACAGAUCGUUGUCCUUGUGUCCAGCUCUGAACAACAGGCUUCAUGUAAAGACUCUCCAUGUGAGAAAAAGAUACAAAGGGAAGUUGGAAUACCCGAGGAUAUACUGAAGAAGUUCGGCGCUGCCGGCGAGCAAUAUGACAUGGUGUUUAUCGAUGCUACAGAGAAGAAUCCUAUAAACUAUUACAACCUGAUUAUGAGCAGCAAUAUGGUAAGACUGAACGGUGUGAUUUGCGUACAAAAUCUUCCUGCAAACGAGACAAGGAGCCAGGAGCACAUCAAUGAUGAGAUGGGAUUUACGUCCAAGAAAAUGACAGAUGUAAUUAAUGCAGAUGCCAGACUGGAGCAGGUAGAAUCACCAAUAGACUGGGGGGUCACGAUCGCAAAGCGUAUACCUGUCUCUCGUGUCUCGGAAACUAUGAAAGGAAUUUUGGCAGAUAAUGUGUUUUGGGGAUAUAAAGGACGCUCUAUACUUGACCGCUUGCGUUUGGAUGGCAAGGUCGCCUAUGUGACCGGAGGAGGCCAGGGCAUUGGACGAGCAUUUGCCCAUGCUCUAGGAGAAGCUGGUGCUAAAGUUGCCAUAAUAGAUAUGGCACUUGAAAAAGCAGAGGCGGUGGCACAUGAACUGCACAUAAAAGGCAUAAAAUCUGUUGCUAUGGCAGCUGAUAUUAGCAAAGAAGAAGAUGUAAAAAGAGUUGUGGACACGAUUCUGGCUAAUUGGGGGAGAAUUGACAUAGCAUGUAAUAACGCAGGAAUUAAUAUGAAUUCAGCAAGUGAAGCUACCACACUGGAAGAAUGGGAUAAAACGUUUAACGUGAACUUGCGCGGCCUGUUCAUGUGCUGUCAGGCUGUGGGCCGCGUAAUGCUGAGUCAAGGAUGCGGGAAGAUAAUUAACACGGCGUCUAUGGCAAGUUUAAUAGUGCCUCAUCCUCAGAAGCAAUUGGCAUAUAACACCUCUAAGGCCGGAGUGGUGAAAUUAACUCAAACUUUGGGAACAGAAUGGAUUGACAGAGGAGUGAGAGUCAACUGCAUAUCCCCGGGGAUUGUAAAUACUCCACUCAUCCAUACAGAAGCAUUAAAGCCACUAGUGACACAGUGGUUAUCGGAGAUUCCCGCUGGGAGACUGGCUGAAGUGACGGAUCUGCAGGCCGCCGUUGUGUAUUUGGCAUCAGAAGCUUCAGACUAUAUGACAGGCCACAAUUUAGUUAUUGAAGGAGGUCAGAGCCUCUGGUAGUAAGACAAUGCGCCAGUCGGAUGUGCGUUUGUGUGUGUGUGUGCGUGUCA